AUGGAUUUCGGGUCCCUGGAGACGGUGGUGGCCAACUCGGCCUUCAUCGCUGCCCGUGCCAGCUUCGACGCGAGCAGCAGCCCGACCUCCCGGGACAGGAAGUACCUGGCCCGGCUCAAGCUGCCCCCGCUGUCCAAGUGCGAGGCGCUCCAGGCGAGCCUGGACCUGGGCUUCGAGAGCGCGUGCUCGGAGCAGCCCAUCGGCAAGCGGCUCUUCCAGCAGUUCCUGCAGGCCCACGAGCAGCACGUGCCGGCCCUGGGGCUCUGGAGGGACAUCGAGGACUACGACACCGCCGAUGACGACCUCCGGCCGCAGAAGGCCCAGGCCAUCCGGGCCGAGUACCUGGACCCCCAGGCCAAGCUCUUCUGCGGCUUCUGGACAAGGAGACGGCGGCGCAGGCCCCGGAGGGGCCGGCGGGGGGCCGGGGCCGUGCUCUUCCAGCCCCUCCUGCGGGCCACCCUGCGCAACCUGAGCCAGGCCCCCUUCCAGCAGUACCUGGACAGCCUGUACUUCCAGCGCUUCCUGCAGUGGAAGUGGCUGGAGGCCCAGCCUGUGGGCGAGGACUGGUUCCUGGACUUCAGGGUCCUGGGGCGGGGCGGCUUCGGGGAGGUGUCUGCCUGCCAGAUGAAGGCCACCGGGAAGAUGUACGCGUGCAAAAAGCUGAACAAGAAGCGGCUGAAGAAGAGGAAGGGCUACAAGGGCGCGAUGGUGGAGAAGAAGAUUCUCGCCAAAGUCCACAGCAGGUUCAUCGUGUCUCUGGCCUACGCCUUCGAAACCAAAACCGACCUCUGUCUGGUGAUGACCAUCAUGAAUGGAGGCGACAUAAGGUACCACAUCUACAACGUGGACGAGGAGAACCCCGGCUUCCAGGAGCCGCGCGCCAUCUUCUACACGGCCCAGAUCAUCAGCGGCUUGGAGCACCUGCAUCAGCGGGGCAUUAUCUACCGAGACCUCAAGCCCGAGAACGUGCUCCUGGACGACGACGGCAACAUCCGAAUUUCUGACCUUGGGCUGGCCGUGGAGCUGAAGGAAGGGCAGACCAAGACCAAGGGCUUCGCGGGGACGCCAGGCUUCAUGGCCCCGGAGCUCUUGCGAGGUGAGGAGUACGACUUUGCCGUGGAUUACUUCUCCCUGGGGGUCACGCUGUAUGAGAUGAUCGCGGCCAGAGGCCCCUUCCGAGCCCGCGGAGAGAAGGUGGAGAACCAGGAGCUGAAGCAGCGGGUCCUGGAGGAGGUGGUCACCUACCCCGACAAGUUCAGCCAGGCCAGCAAGGACUUCUGUGAGGCGCUGCUGCAGAAGGACCCCGAGAGGCGCCUGGGGUUCAAGGACGGCUCCUGUGAUGGGCUCCGCGCCAGCCCGCUCUUCAGGGACAUCAACUGGCGGCAGCUGGAGGCCGGGAUGCUGACCCCCCCCUUCGUCCCAGACUCCAGGACUGUCUAUGCAAAGAACAUCCAGGACGUGGGUGCCUUUUCCACGGUCAGGGGCGUGGCCUUUGACAAAGAGGACACAGAAUUCUUCCAGGAAUUCGCCACCGGCACCUGCCCCAUCCCUUGGCAGGAGGAGAUGAUCGAGAAGGGCAUCUUUGGGGACCUGAACGUGUGGCGGCCUGACGGGCAGAUGCCCGACGACAUGAAGGGGAUCUCCGUGCAGGAGGCGGGCCCCUCGUCCAAGUCGGGGUUGUGUCUGGAUCCAGUGGUCCCGGGACGGAAUCCACCAGCGACGCUUGGCUCUCCAGGCCCUGGAGCGGACGUGCAAGCUGGCGGCGGCUUGGGCGGCGAGAGUGAAGACUCGGUUCGGGUUUCCUGGCACCUCAGCUGCAGCUUCGCAGGCCCCUUCGCCUUCUCUGGGCUGGUUCAGAGCCGGCGGGUCACUGCCGGGGCCGGGCUGGUCCCCACCCGCACGUUGGGGAUGCCAUCUCCACGUCUGCCGGUGCUGAGUCUCCAGCGGGGUCCCCUUGCCGGCCGGGGCCCAGGUGUCCGGGAGGAGGGGAAGCAGCCUCGGGAGAGGAGGGACCCCGAGGAGCGCGACCUUGGGGGCUGCGGCUUAGCCACCUGGGACCAGGGGCCGCGCUGGCCUGGAGCCACGGCAGGGGGCUGGCCCCGGGCUGCUGUGGGCUCAGACAGCCGUCGGGUGUAA